AUUCCACCUUUCGGUGGAUUUUCAACACCGUCUUCUGCUGUAGGUAAGCAGCGGAGUAGUAGAGUGAGGAACGUGCUGAUGACUCCUGGAUCUGGUGAGGCUUUGUUGAGAGGUCAAGUCAAGACUCUCUUGCAGAAGGUUGAAGAAGAAGCUGAGCUUUCAAAACCUUUGAUGGAGAGCCGUCCUUUUAUUCGACUGCAAGGAUGUUUUAAUUCCCCGAUGGGGAUUUCGGCUCCUACUCCUGCAAAUACACCACAGCUCUCAAAUCUUUAUGAGGAUAUUGGAUUGGGUUCAAUAGUGAUAGCUCAACCUGUUGUCGAAGAACGGAUGAAGAGUUCUGAGGAAGUGAGUUUUGAAUCUCAGACAAGCGUGAUAACUAGGUCUUUGCUGCUUGACUUGCUGAGCAUUCAUUGUAUUUUGAGAUGA